GCAGUCUGAGAGCACGGCUGGGGUUUGCAGGCUGCACAGCGCAACACCUUCCAGCAACAAGCCAAAAGCAGCAAGGCAGGGAGGGAAAUUGUUUAAUCAGGCAGCCUUGUCUGUGCAAAUACCACACCGGCACCGGCACCAGCUAGCAGCUACCCCGCCGCUCUCAGAACAACUCCAUGGCAGACCGAAACAAGAGCGGAAGGGGGUGACCGAAACAUUUAAACAGAGAGUAUAAACACAAGGAGACCCCCCCCCCUCCCCCCCUCCUGUACUGUCUCCCUUUUAAGCGCUCUAGCACAAGGGUUCACAGAGUGAUGUUCUGGUUGGCUUCAGAAUUCCUGGUUUGGUUUCUACAGCUCGCAGAACCGAAAAACAAUUAUUGAUCUGCCAUAAUAAAAAUAAAUUAAAUUAAAUAAAAAAUUAAAAGUAACGCGGAAGGGUCAAUGUUAAAAUAUCUACAUGUAGUCGGGUCUGUCUGUUGGUGUUGCUGCUGCUGCUGCAGCUUCUAGCGACUGUCAAAACAAAUACUGAGGGUAGAAGUGUCUUCUUUCACCAAAAAGCAAGAAGAAGAAGAAGAAGAAGAAGAAGAAGAAGAAGAAGAAGAAGAAGAAAACCCGAAUGAUUUUCUGACUUGAGAACUGGAGCGCGGAGUAGCGGCUGGGAAGGCGAUGCUUCCCUUCAGCACCAUCUCAUCAUCUUGUGCUGAAUAGCACAGCGAAGCUGCGAAAUAUUUCCAAUUGCUGCUGUGACUUCUUUGAAAGAAAGGGAUACAGCAAAAUACAGAAACGGGACUUUCCUUUUCUUAACUGGUAACUGUGGUACAUUUGUUUUGCUCGAAUUUAUUUAUUUAUUUAUUUAUUUUGGAUUAUUGUUAUUUUUUUCUAUACAGAAGCUCCAGGCUGUCGCUGCCUUGCUCUGAUUACCGGCUACACGACAACAGGAAAGGAAGCCAUCACCACGGCUUGUUGGUAUAUUGUUUUUGAUAACCUCCGAGGGCUUUAGCUUUUAAUUCAGUUAUUAUUCUUUUUUUGUACGUUUUUUCUCUAUCCUCACCGAUGUGUCAUUUGGGUUCGUCUUCUCCCCUGUGUACCGCAGCGUUAGUUUUUUAAUGGCUGAAACUUGUCCGCGACAUGCCUAAGAGACGAGAUGGGCCAGGGCGACGACAGCGAUCGCAUUGUGAUAAACGUGGGAGGUACUAGGCACCAGACUUACCGCAGCACUCUGCGCACCUUGCCGGACACCCGGUUAGCCUGGCUAGCGGAACCCGAUGCCCACAGCCACUUCGACUACGACCCCAGGUUCGACGAGUUUUUUUUUGACCGCCACCCGGGCGUCUUUGCGCACAUCCUCAACUAUUACCGGACCGGCAAGUUGCACUGCCCUGCGGACGUGUGCGGGCCCCUGUACGAGGAAGAGCUGGCGUUUUGGGGUAUCGACGAGACCGACGUGGAACCAUGUUGCUGGAUGACCUACCGCCAACACAGAGACGCCGAGGAAGCCCUGGAUAGCUUCGGAGGUGGUCCCCCCGAUCAGGACGAUGAUGGGACCGACGGAGAUGCCACGGGGGAUUCGGGAGACGGCCAGGAUGAGCUGGAGAUGACUAAAAGACUGGCACUGGGGGACUCCCCCGAUGCCAAAUCUAGGGGUUUGUGGCGGCGCUGGCAAAAGCGCAUGUGGGCACUCUUUGAAGAUCCUUAUUCAUCGAAAUAUGCCAGGUGGGUGGCUUUUGCCUCCCUGUUCUUCAUCCUGGUGUCCAUCUCGACAUUCUGCCUGGAAACCCAUGAGGCCUUCAACCCCAUCAUCAACCGGACAGAGGAGGUGUUCAUGAACAACGUGACCAAGGAGCACAUCUACCAGGAGACCGAGACGGUGGCCUUCCUGACCUACAUCGAGGGUGUCUGCGUGGUCUGGUUCACCUUCGAGUUCCUCAUGCGCAUCACCUUCUGCCCAGACAAAGUGGAGUUCAUUCGCAACUCGCUCAACAUCAUUGACUUCGUGGCCAUCCUGCCUUUCUACCUGGAGGUGGGGCUGAGCGGCCUGUCUUCCAAAGCAGCCAAGGACGUGCUGGGCUUCCUGAGGGUGGUCCGUUUCGUGAGGAUCCUGAGGAUCUUCAAGCUGACCCGCCACUUUGUGGGGCUGAGGGUCCUGGGCCACACGCUGAGGGCCAGCACCAACGAGUUCCUGCUUCUGAUCAUCUUCCUGGCGCUGGGGGUCCUCAUCUUCGCCACCAUGAUCUACUACGCCGAGCGCAUCGGUGCUAAUCCCAACGACCCAAGAGCCAGUCAACACACACACUUCAAAAACAUCCCCAUCGGGUUCUGGUGGGCCGUGGUGACCAUGACCACCCUGGGCUACGGAGACAUGUACCCUCAGACCUGGUCUGGCAUGCUGGUGGGCGCGCUCUGCGCUCUCUCUGGGGUGCUGACCAUCGCCAUGCCUGUGCCGGUCAUAGUCAACAAUUUCGGAAUGUACUACUCCUUGGCAAUGGCUAAGCAGAAGCUACCAAAGAAAAAAAACAGACAUAUCCCCCGGCCCCCACAGCUGGGCUCUCCCAAUUACUGUAAGUUGGGCGUGAACUCGCCUCACCACAGCACACAGAGCGACACCUGCCCCCUGGCCCAGGAAGAGAUUUUAGAAAUAAACAGAGCAGAUUCCAAAGGGAAUGGCGAGGCAGCUAAGGCAGCGUUGGCUAACGAAGACUGUCCCCAUAUAGACCAGGCCAUAUCCCCUGAGGAAGGCCAGCUCUUUACAACCGGGGAGCUGAAAUACCCAUCUGAGGGAAGAGUAAGGAAGGGUAUGUAAAAGAUGAGGCCACAGCCGUACUGUACCUCCACUGCAGACAAGCUCUCCGACCUCCUGGUGGUACCAAGGUGACGAGCAAUCAAUUGUAGACCAUGAUCAACCAGCCCGCUGCCCAAAAGAACCACAACAACCCCUCCCCAGCUCCACCCCAAAUCCCCUUCCACUGUUCCCACACUGGAUACAGAAACACAAUGCACUUCCACACACAGGCAUAUCUACUGUAAAGAUCUGCAUUCUGGUUUGACGUUUGACACAGGGCAUCGCAAUCUCUUGCGGGUAAUAGACAACCCAGUCUUGUUUGCAUUGUUUAAUGCUUUCUGUCUCUUGCAACACAAAGCGAAAAAAGAAAUAUUUUUUUUAGAAAUCAAAAAUUCUAUUUAAAAAAAAAAAAAAAAUGACUUUAGGAUGAUGUUUUCCCCCAUCCCUCCCUCCAAAAAUAUAUAUAUAUAUU